AUGGCCAUCUUCGCGUCUUCAGCCCUGCGACUUCUCAUCGGUCUAACCAUCGCACUCAGCUUCAUUGCAUUUUUCACACCAACAGACUCAGUCUCUGCAGUAGCAGCCUCGUUCAGAAUGCCUGUAGCACUGCGCAACCUGGAGGUUACCAUUGAGCAGAUGGAGAAGGACCCCGUGCUGCUUCGCACCUCUGUCAAAAACAACAACGACGUCCCUGUCACCAUCCUCAGCUACGGCUCACCCCUGGAUGCGCUAGCCAUUCAACUCGGCACGCUCUACAUCACCCCCAAAGACGAGAGCGCACCUCUUGAGAUUCUACAGAUUGAAGCUUCAAGACUGUGGCCUCCGGCUGACGACGCUCUGAUUGAGAUUGCCCCCGGCGGCACUGCCUUUUGGGAAUCCACCCUGCAGGAGCCCGUCGUUCCCAUGGACAGGGUAUUCAAGGGCGCGACGGUGCAGCUCAAGGGUACCUGGAGCUCGGUGUGGACGAAGGAGAAGAAGGAUAUCGAUUACAGCUCUCUCGAGGAAGGGAGUCGAGCAAACGAGACUUUGACGGGCCCUUACAGGUCGAAUGUUCUUCAAAUUGAGGUUGCUUAA